AUCAGAUAUCAUUUCCAUUGGCAGAGAAAGGUGUAUAAAAAAACAACGAAAGCCACUUUUUGAGGUGUAUAAUAUUAUAUAAACUUGAAAAAUGUCUCGAGAAUCCGGUAGAAUAAAAGACGCGAGUCAAAAGAGGAUUCUUGAUGAGGCUACUCGUAAACGUAGGCAAAAAAAAGCAUUGGAAGCAUUGGAGCAAGACAAUUUUCAUGAUGAUCCACAUGCAGACUUGGUUAUGAGCAAGAAAAUACCAAAAUUCCAAGAGACCCUGGACAAUAGAAGUAACAGUAGAAAGAAGAAAACCCGUUCUGCAGAAUAUUACAAGCAACGUUUUCGCAAGACUUUUGCUCAGCUGGUUGAAGAAGAUCUCAAUGUGAAUCCUAAUCCACCAAACUACGCUAGUGCUCAAGCACCACCAUCUCGUUUACCCGAGAGACAUUUCUGUGCAGUGUGUGGUUUCCCUAGUAAUUAUAUAUGCAUACCUUGUGGCGCUAGAUAUUGCUGUGUCAAAUGUUUAGGUACUCAUCUUGACACGAGAUGCAUGAAGUGGACGGUUUAAGAAUUUUGAUUUUAUUCACACUUUCCAAAGUUUUUAAUUAAAUUAAAUGUAUGAAAAUG